GCCCUCCUCGCUGACCUAGAGAGCACCAGCUCUCCCCUGGCCAGGUGCCCAGUCCUGCUUACCUCUGAUCCCCCGGCGACAUCUGACCCCGCCCCUGCCAGCCCUCAGGACCCCGCCCAGACCAGGCCACCGCCCCCAGCUUACACCCCCCAGCAGGUAAGAGGUUUGAGGUAGGACAGAUUUUAAGAGGCUUGAGGUAGACUUAACAACUUGUAUCAGAUUACCUUAGCCCCAAACCUUAACCAUUAGGAGGGGUGGAAAUAUAUCUGAGCCUGAAUCAGUGGUGAGGACCAACUUCUACCUACUCCAGGUGAGGUAAAAGAGAGAAGACAACACAGAACAGGCUGUUGGAAGUGUCUUAUACUGUAGAUAAUUAUCAUAUGCUAAAAGAGGAUAGGUAGUAAGGAGGCAUCAGACCCUGCUCAGAAACUCAACUUGCCAAAGUUAAAUGUUUUUAUAGAAUAGUUAUGAAGUACCAUAACUCGUACUGUGUUGAUGGGUGGGCAUUGAGUUCAGAGCAUAAGUGAGGAUUGAUUUUCUGGUUGAAAAACAAGUGAACUUUGUUUAUAAUGUGCAAACUUUUCUUUUAGACGGUUUCUGGUGCAAUGAAGUCCAAUGGUUCUCAGAACCCAAACCCAGACAAACAACUGUACAGGUACUAUUUUCCUUUAUUAUUAGUUACUUUACUAAGUAAAACAGAAUGGUCAAAGCAGCAGCGAUUAAGCUGGUUCCACCAGGCUAUUAUUUUACAGCCCUAUAUGAAAUAAUAUUAUGGCCCUGGCUUUAUUCAUGAAUAUAUAAUGAAUAGAUUAAUUAAUUAAUUAAUUAUACUGCAAAAACAUCAAAGAACUGGCGCUACCCAAACCAUCAAGGAUAACAUAAUCAGGUCAUGGACUUAUUUCCAUUGUGAUGCUUUUACAAGAAAGAUUGACAGCGAGAUUGGUGAUAAGUUGUUGCUCUCUCAGAGUCCAAGUUGUAACAGUCAAGAAUUGAGUGAAAGAUAUUAGAUAAAAGAGAUAAUAUACCAGAAAAGUCUGACUUGUAAGUAAGUAAUGAAGGAAAAGGAGAGAGAUGUGCUUGCAGUGCAUACUACUUUUAGAAUUGUUUUGGUCUGUACAAUCACCAUUCUUCCUUCAGUACUCUUGGUCUGUGAGAGAAAACACUGCUGUUAGUUUCAGCCGUACUUUACUGUAAAGAAAUAUCCAACUAUCCCUCCCUUACUGUCUUUUAAAAACAUGAUUAUCUGUCUAACACCAGUCAGCUUAAAUCUUAAUGAAUUUACUUCUGUAGAUUGUUGUCAAAAGGCUGGGGCCCAACUUUUGGUGACAUACUGAGCGUGUGCCACAGCUAAAGCACUGAUGGGAGUCUGAACAUUACCAAUAAAUAUGUGUUCAAAAAAAGUGGGAGCUUUCCUUAGCUCAACAGCCCAUUAUGUUCCAGUUUUUUUCAUUCGCUUUGGUGCUAUUUUCACCAAUAGUGUACAGCUGCAGCCUGCAAUUCGGGGUGUUCCUUCACGUGGGCAUUCCUGCAUGCAGGAAUGCCCACAUGCAGGAACGGCCCAAUUUGCAUGCCGCAGUUGCACCCUUCUCAUUUUCACAAGUACAGUGCCUUCAGAAAGUAUUCACACCCCUUGACACUUUCCACAUUUGGUUGUUACAAAGUGGGAUUAAAAUGGAUUUAAUUGUAAUUUCUUGUCACAAAAUACUGUAAUGUCAAAUUCGAACAUUUGUAAAAUAAAAAAUAAAAUAAAAAACGAAUAUAUCUUGAUUAGAGAAGUAUUCAACCCAGUGAGUCAAUACAUAUUAGAAUCACCUUUGGCAGCGAUUACAGCAGUGAUUCUUUCUGGGUAAGUCUCUAAGAGCUUUCCACACCUAGAUUGUGCAACAUUGCCCAUUAUUCUUUUCAAAAUUAUUCAAGCUCUGUCAAAUUGGUUGCUGGUCAUUGCUAAACAAACAUUUUCAGGUCUUGCCAUAGAUUUUCAAGAAUAUUUAAUUUAUUUUUUAUUUAAUUUAACCCAUACAGUGAGGGAAAAAAGUAUUUGAUCCCCUGCUGAUUUUGUAUGUUUGCCCACUGACAAAGAAAUGAUCAGUCUAUACUUUUAAUGGUAGGUUUAUUUGAACAGUGAGAGACAGAAUAACAACCAAAAAAUCCAGAAAAACGCAUGUCAAAAAUGUUAUAAAUUGAUUUGCAUUUUAAUGAGCUAAAUAAGUAUUUGACCCCCUCUCAAUCAGAAAGAUUUCUGGCUCCCAGGUGUCUUUUAUACAGGUAACGAGCUGAGAUUAGGAGCACACUCUUAAAGGGAGUGCUCCUAAUCUCAGUUUGUUGCCUGUAUAAAAGACACCUGUCCACAGAAGCAAUCAAUCAAUCAGAUUCCAAACUCUCCACCAUGGCCAAGACCAAAGAGCUCUCCAAGGAUGUCAGGGACAAGAUUGUAGACCUACACAAGGCUGGAAUGGGCUACAAGACCAUCGCCAAGCAGCUUGGUGAGAAGGUGACAACAGUUGGUGCUGUUAUAUAUUAUUAUUAUAUUAUUAUUAUUAUAUUAUUAUAUUAUCAUUAUAUUAUUAUUAUAUUAUAUUAUUCGCAAAUGGAAGAAACACAAAAUAACUGUCAAUCUCCCUCGGCCCGGGGCUCCAUGCAAGAUCUCACCUCGUGGAGUUGCAAUGAUCAUGAGAACGGUGAGGAAUCAGCCCAGAACUACACGGGAGGAUCUUGUCAAUGAUCUCAAGGCAGCUGGGACCAUAGUCACCAAGAAAACAAUUGGUAACACACUACACCGUGAAGGACUGAAAUCCUGCAGCGCCCGCAAGGUCCCCCUGCUCAAGAAAGCACAUAUACAUGCCCGUCUGAAGUUUGCCAAUGAACAUCUGAAUGAUUCAGAGGAGAACUGGGUGAAAGUGUUGUGGUCAGAUGAGACCAAAAUGGAGCUCUUUGGCAUCAACUCAACUCGCUGUGUUUGGAGGAGGAGGAAUGCUGCCUAUGACCCCAAGAACACCAUCCCCACCGUCAAACAUGGAGGUGGAAACAUUAUGCUUUGGGGGUGUUUUUCUGCUAAGGGGACAGGACAACUUCACCGCAUCAAAGGGACAAAAGAUGGGGCCAUGUACCGUCAAAUCUUGGGUGAGAACGUCCUUCCCUCAGCCCGGGCAUUGAAAAUGGGUCGUGGAUGGGUAUUCCAGCAUGACAAUGACCCAAAACACACGGCCAAGGCAACAAAGGAGUGGCUCAAGAAGAGGCACAUUAAGGUCCUGGAGUGGCCUAGCCAUUCUCCAGACCUUAAUCCCAUAGAAAAUCUGUGGAGGGAGCUGAAGGUUCGAGUUGCCAAACAUCAGCCUCGAAACCUUAAUGACUUGGAGAAGAUCUCCAAAGAGGAGUGGGACAAAAUCCCUCCUGAGAUGUGUGCAAACCUGGUGGCCAACUAUAAGAAACGUCCAACAAGGGUUUUGCCACCAAGUACUAAGUCAUGUUUUGCAGAGGGGUCAAAAACGUAUUUCCCUCAUUAAAAUGCAAAUCAAUUUAUAACAUUUUUGACAUGCGUUUUUCUGGAUUUUUUGGUUGUUAUUCUGUCUCUCACUGUUCAAAUAAACCUACCAUUAAAAUUAUAGACUGAUCAUUUCUUUGUCAGUGGGCAAACGUACAAAAUCAGCAGGGGAUCAAAUACUUUUUUCCCUCACUGUAUACUUCAACAAAGUAUUGACUCAUGGGUGUGAAUACUUAUGUAAAUUAGUUGUUUCUGUAGUUAAUUUCAAUCAAUUUGCAAACAUUUCUCAAAAACAUGUUUUCACGUUGUCAUUAUGGGGUAUGGCAGGGUUCCCCAACUGGCGGCCCACGGGUGGUUUUAUUUGGCCCUCCAAGUUUUUUGUGUUUUCAUUGUUGGACAUAAAAGACGGUAAAAACACCAGGAAAUCAACUCCAAGUGAUUUUAAUUUAAGAGAUCUUUUACCAGGUAUUCCCACGCAUAAUAGAGAGACGUGAUCGUAUACAAAUGUAAGGUUUGAAAUUAUAAUGGUUUAGUCAAACAUUAUAUCUGUUUGGGCUUCUAGCGGUCAAUUUGCAGUCUAAAAAUUAUUUCUAAUUAUGUUCCGGCCCCCAGACCAUACGCUCAAGAAAAAAUCAGCCCGCGGCUGAAUCUAGUUGAUAAUCCCUGGGGUAUUGUGUGUUGAUGGGUGAGAAAAAAUAUAAACACAACAAUUUCAAAUAUAGAACUUACAGAAAUCAGUCAAUUGAAAUAAAUUCAUUAGGCCCUAAUUUAUGGAUUCCACAUUACUGGGCAGGGGUGCAGCCAUGGGUGAGCCAGGCCCAGCCAAUCAGAAUUAGUUUUUCCCCACAAAAGGGCUUUAUUACAGACAAAUAUACUCCCUCAGACGAUCCCACAGGUGAAGAAGCCAGAUGUGGAGGUCCUGGGCUGGCGAGGUUACACGUGGUCUGCGGUUGUGAGGCCGGUUGGACGUACUGCCAAAUUCUAUAAAACGACGUUGGAGGCAGCUUAGGGUAGAGAAAUGAACAGCUCUGGUGGACAUUCCUGCAGUGCUUACAAUUGCAUGCUCCCUCAAAACUUGAGACAUCUGUGGCAUUGUGUUGUGUGACAAAACUGCACAUUUUAAAGUGGCCUUUUAUUGUCCCCAGCACAAGGUGCACCUCUUAAGGAUCGGACCCUUUUUUUCAAUUUUCGCCUAAAAUGACAGGAGCUGAAGCAAGGUUAUACAUAUUCUUGAUACCGUUUGAAAGGAAACACUUUGAAGUUUGUGGAAAUGUGAAAUUAAUGUAGGAGAAUAUAACACAUUAGAUCUGGUAAAAGAUAAUACAAACAAAAAAACAUGCGUUUUCAAUUUUUUGGGGUUCUAUCAUCUUUGAAAUGCAAGAGAAAGGCCACAAUAUAAUAUUGCAGUUUUGGCGCAGUUUAGAUUUUGGCCACUAGAUGGCAGCAGUGUGUGCGCAAAGUUUCAGAUUGAUCCAGUGAAGCGUUGUAAUACUGGACUAUUUUGUAUCAAGUCUGCCCAAAUGUGCCGAAUUGGUCAAUUGAUACAUUUUCAAGUACAUAACUAUAGAGAACAUACAAAAAUGAUAUGGUAAUACAAAAUGUAGGUUUACACACUCCCAGGAAUGUCAUACAUGAUGGAUCAUUAGCUUAUACACUAACUUUCACACAUCUAGAUGGCCGGGCGGGGUGGGUGGGUGUGGAGCCAGAGACAGCAAGGGUUCAAACUGUAGAACCCAGUUCCCACAUUUGAAUAUAAAAAUGGAUUUUAUCAAACAAAACUAUGAUACAUUUUAUCUCUGGGACCCUCAGGAUGACAAAUCAGAGCAAGAUUACUGAAUGUAAGUACAUUAUUUACCUUCAGAGGUGAAUGUAUCAAACCAGUUGCCGUGAUAAGUUUUUUGUUGUUGUGCACUCUCAUCAAACAAUAGCAUGGUAUUGUUUCACUGUAAUAGUGCAGUUAGAUUAACAAUAAUUUAAGCUUUCUGCCCAAAUAAGACAUGUCUAUGUCCUGGAAAGUUUGCUGUUACUUACAACAGUCAUGCUAAUCACAUUAGCGCACGUUAGCUCAACUGUCCCAUAUACGGGACACCAAUCCCGUAGAGGUUAAUCAGCUUCUUGAUAUGCCACACCUGUCAGGUGGAUGGAUUAUCUUGGCAAAGGAGAAAUGCUCACUAACAGGGAUAUAAACACAUUUGUGCACAGCAUUUGAGAGAAAUACGUUUUUUGUGCAUAAGAACAUUUCUAGGAUUUUUUAUUUCAGCACAUAUAUUGCGUUUAUAUUUUUGUUCAGUGUACUUUCUGAAGGCACUGUAGGUGUACUGUAAUCAAAUGAAAUAAUUGAAAGAAACAAUGUUUAAAAUAAAAAAAUAUAUAAAUAAUGUUUUAUUAGCAGGCACUAGUUUGCUUCAAGCCUGUCUUAAGCAUUUGGCCAUAGGUUCUCAUUGACAUCACAGUAAAUGUCCUCAUUGUUCAUGCAUCUGGGGUAAAUUCUUUUGGCAUGGAGAAUCCAAGCCUGACAUAGGUCGGGAUUGAUGUCAUUGCAUGCCUCAUCCAUGGCCUGAAGGAGGUUGGCACGCUCAUGGGGAUUGUAUUUUACAGUAUUGUAUUGUACUUAUGGAUUGUAGUGGUCCUGUGUGGCUCAGUUAGUAGGAGCAUGGCACUAGCAACACCAGAGUUGUGGGAUUGAUUCCCACUGGGGUCACAUACAAAAAUGUGUGGACUCACUGUUGUCACUGGAUAAAAGCGCCUGCUACUUAAAUGGCAUAUAUUAGAGUACUGCGUUGCCCAAUGCAAUUUUAGUAAAUCAAUGUGGAACCCCGCCCCUCAUUAAAAAGACGCUGGUAAGUUCAUUUUAGAUAUAUGUUUACUGUAAUGGGGUUGCCUUUGUGACAUACAUCUCUGAUCUUGUCAAUAUCAGAUAAAUAAAUAAAAUCAUAAUAGUCAUCAUCAUAAUAGUACAUGUUAAAACCUUAACUUGUUUUUACUGUAACUUACUGGCAGCCGUUACCUGUAAGUUACUGUAAAAAAGUUACAGUAUGCUACUGUAAAUUCCAAAGAAACUUUGGUUUAACGGUACAUUACUGUAAAGAAGUGGUUUCUUUACAGUAAUGUACAAGAGCUCCACCUCGUUCUUCACUGGUCGAAGGGCCUCCAGCCGUAGCUACACCUCAUUGUUUGUUGGUGGAAGGGCCUCUAGCUGGUGCUCCACCUCGUUCUGCUCUGGUGGAAGGGCCUCCAGGCGGAGCUCCACCUCAUUCUUCGCUGGUGGAAGGGCCUCCAGCCGGAGCUCCACCUCGUUGUUGGUCGGUGGAAGGGUGACCAGCUGGAAACAUUUUUUAUUUGCAGGGUGUAUUGAGUUGAUGAUUCUGGGGUAGUUGCUUCACUGUCAGUCCAAAAUUGCCAAACUGUGAGGUUGCAUGUAACAAAGCAUAAUUUUACUACAUAAACUGUGUUCAGCUUUGAUAUCAUAAUUGGCUACUGCCGCUUUCUUCAAAGGUUGCUUUAGGUAAGCUUUGGCCUUUUGGUGCAUAGUCUGCCCUGUCUGACGCGGUAGGAUACAUAACCUUCGAUUGGCAACAGUUGGAUAGAAGCAUGCAAUGAAGCAACCACCACAGAAUCCUCAACUCAAUAGCUCUUGCAAAUAAAACAUGUCCCUUGAGUUUUUUGGUCUCUGGAUAUGCUGCUAAUAUUCUCAAGUCUGGAUCAUUUGGGAUCAUGCCAACCCUCAUUAUCUCUCUUGGAAAUUAAUUUGCUUCGAAAGGCCUUCCAUGAACCCAUCUUAUCCACAAAUUAUAAUAAUCCAUUUAGGUUCACAUGGGUCUGAUAUCAGAUUAGAAAGACAACAUUGCAUGAUUUCCCCCCAACUUGAUUGAAUUACUUUGAUUGAUGGCCUUUUGUUGAGGAGAAAAACCAGUGAAAGACUGCCGUCUGAUUAUUGGUUUUGCGGUGUCCCAAUGUAAAUGCUACAUUGUAGAGUUUACACUUUAUACAUGAUAGGGUUAUUUUUCAGUAGUUUUACCUUAAGAGGGUUUGCGAACAGGGUCCGAAUUAUUCGGGUGCCAAGAAUGUGCAUUCCUGUAACAAACCAGGAGGGCAUCAGGUACAUUUUUAUAUACAUUAUAUUUAUGAAUGUUUAUAAAAUAUUUAUAUCAUAUUGUUGAAUAUAUGAAUGUUGGUUCAGUCCACUAUUUCUACCCCCCCCCCCCCCCCCCCCCCCCCCAAUUCAUUUGUUUGUAUUUUGAAGACCGUUUGAGUUAUAACAUUCUUUCCCCAUCUAUCUCUCCUUUUCACUCUCUCUUUCUCUCUCCCUCUCUCUCCCUAUCUCCCCCCCAGCACGGUGAAUAAGCCUCGCUCCCCCCGCACGGCGGACCCUCCCCCUCCAGCCUUCUCCUCCUCCUCUGUGUUAGGAGGGGGUCUGAGCGAACUGGACCACCUUCUGCAGGAGCUCAAUGCCACCCAGUUCAACAUCACAGGUCAGUAUAGGCUUGACCUCACAUGCCUACCACUUUGAAAAUGCAAAAAAAAAAUUGUGUGUGAAAUAAGACAAAAAAAACAGAAAACUUGAGUGUGCAUAACUAUUCACUCCCCCAAAGUCAAUACUUUGUAGAGCCACCUUUUGCAGCAAUUACAGCUGCAAGUCUCUUGGGGUAUGUCUCUAUAAGCUUGGCACAUCUAGCCACUGGGAUUUUUGCCCAUUCUUCAAGGCAAAACUGCUCCAGCUCCUUCAAAUUGGAUGGGUUCCGCUGGUGUACAGCAAACUUUAAGUCAUACCACAGAUUCUCAAUUGGAUUGAGGUCUGGGCUUUGACUAAGCCAUUCCAAGACAUUUAAAUGUUUCCCCUUAAACCACUCAAGUGUUACAUUAGCAGUAUGCUUAGGGUCAUUAUCCUGCUGGAAGGUGAACCUCCGUCCCAGUCUCAAAUCUCUGGAAGACUGAAACAGGUUUCCCUCAAGAAUUUCCCUGUAUUUAGCGCCAUCCAUCAUUCCUUCAAUUCUGACCAGUUUCCCAGUCCCUGCCAAUGAAAAACAUCCCCACAGCAUGAUGCUGCCACCACCAUGCUUCACUGUGGGGAUGGUGUUCUCGGGGUGAUGAGAGGUGUUGGGUUUGCGCCAGACAUAGCGUUUUCCUUGAUGGUCAAAAAGCUCCCACAUGGCUUUUGGCGAACACCAAACAUGUUUGUUAUUUUAUUUUUAAGCAAUGGCUUUUUUCUGGCCACUCUUCCGUAAAGCACAGCUCUGUGGAGUGUACGGCUUAAAGUGGUCCUAUGGACAGAUACUCCAAUCUCCACUGUGGAGCUUUGCAUCUCCUUCAGGGUUAUCUUUGGUCUCUUUGUUGCCUCUCUGAUUAAUGCCCUCCUUGCCUGGUCUGUGAGUUUUGGUGGGCGGCCCUCUCUUGGCAGGUUUGUUGUGGUGCCAUAUUCUUUCCAUUUUUUAAUAAUGGAUUUAAUGGUGCAAAGUUUCGGAUAUUUAUUUAUAAUCCAACCCUGAUCUGUACUUCUCCACAACUUUGUCCCUGACCUGUUUGGAGAGCUCCUUGGUCUUCAUGGUGCUGCUUGCUUGGUGGUGCCCCUUGCUUAGUGGUGUUGCAGACUCUGGGGCCUUUCAGAACAGGUGUAUAUAUACUGAGAUUAUGUGACAGAUCAUGUGACACUUAGAUUGCACACAGGUGGACUUUAUUUAACUAAUUAUGUGACUUCUGAAGGUAAUUGAUUGCACCAGAUCUUAUUUAGGGGCUUCAUAGCAAAGGGGGCGAAUACGUAUGCACGCACCACUUUUCCGUUAUUAAUUUUUUUGAAUUUCACUUCACCAAUUUUGACUAUUUUGUGAAUGUACAUUACAUGAAAUCCAAAUAAAAAUCCCUUUAAAUGACAGGUUGUAAUGCAACAAUAUAGGAAAAAUGCCAAGGGGGUUAAAUACUUUUGCAAGGCACUGUAAACAAGGUCAUCUUCAUACUGUUGAGAGUGUGUGUGUGUGUGUGUGUGUGUGUGUGUGUGUGUGUGUGUGUGUGUGUGUGUGUGUGUGUGUGUGUGUGUGUGUGUGUGUGUGUGUGUGUGUGUGUGUGUGUGUGUGUGAGCAACAUUUUCUCAACAUGUGGUAUUCAUGCGUUGUGUGCUCGUCUUUGGUUGGUAGAUGAAAUUCUGGCCCAGUUUCCCACCACUAAAAAGGACGAGAGGGACAAGAUAAAGGAGUUCCAGGGGUCCAGGGACAAGGUCACAACACCCUACCCCAGGUACCCAUAUACACCCUCUAUAUACCCUAAAGCAGGGAUCACCAACAAGAUUCAGCCUCGGGACGAUUUCUUCUUGAACGGAUGGUCGGGUGGCCGGAACAUAAUUACAAAUAAUUUGUAGACUGCAAAUUGACCGCAAGAUUCCCAAGCAGAUAUAAUAUUUGACUAAAACGAUAAUUUUGGACCUUCCUUACAUUUGUAUAUGAUCAUGUCUCUCUAUUAUGCGUGUGAAUACUUGGGAACAGAUUUUCAAAAUUAAAAUGACUGGUAGCUGAUUUUCUGGUGUUUUUACAGUAUUUUAUGUCCAACAAUGAAGAUUCAAAAAAUAUAUACAGUACAGUCAAAAGUUUGGACACACCUACUCAUUCAAGGGUUUUUCUUUAUUUUUUCUACAUUGUAGAAUAAUAGUGAAGACAUCAAAACUAUGAAAUAACACAUAUGGAAUUAGGGCGGCAGGUAGCUUAGUGGUUAAGAGCGUAGUGCCAGUAACCGUAAAGGUCGCUGGUUCUAAUCCCCGAGCCGACUAGAUGAAAAAUCUGUCGAUGUGCCCUUGAGCAAGGCACUUAACCCUAACUGCUCCUGUAAGUCGCUCUGGAUAAGAGUGUCUACAAAAAUGUAAAUAUGUAGUAACCAAAAAAUGUUCAACAAAUCAAAAUAUAUUUGAGAUUCCUCAAAGUAGCCACCCUUUGCCUUGAUGACAGCUUUGCACACUCUUGGCAUUCUCUCAACCAGCUUCAUGAGGUAGUCACCUGGAAUGCAUUUCAAUUAACAGGUGUGCCUUGUUAAAAGUUAAUUUGUGAAAUGUCUUUCCUUAAUGCGUUUGAGCCAUUCAGUUGUGUUGUGACAAGGUAGGGGUGGUAUACAGAAGAUAGCCCUAUUUGGUAAAAUACCAAGUUCAUAUUAUGGCAAGAACAGCUCAAAUAAGCAAAGAGAAACGACAGUCCAUCAUUACUUUAAGACAUGAAGGACAGUCAAUCUGAAAAAUUUCAAGAACUUUGAACGUUUCUUCAAGUGCAGUCGCAAAAAACAUCAAGCACUAUGAUGAAACUGGCUCUCAUGAGGAACGCCACAGGAAAGGAAGACCCAGAGUUACCUCUGCUACAGAGGAUAAGUUCAUUAGAGUGACCAGCCUCAGAAAUUGCAGCCCAAAUAAAUGCUUCACAGAGUUCAAGUAACAGACACAUCUCAACAUCAACUGUUCAGAGGAGACUGCGUGAAUCAGGCCUUCAUGGUCGAAUUGCUCCAAAAAAACCACUACUAAAGGACACCAAUAAUAAGAAGAGACUUGCUUGGGCCAAAAAACACGAGCAAUGGACCUUAGACCGGUGGAAAUCUGCCGUGUCUUUGUGAGACGCAGAGUAGGUGAACGGUUGAUCUCCGCAUGUGUGGUUCCCACCGUGAUGCAUGGAGGAGGAGGUGUGAUGGUGUGGGGGUGCUUUGCUGGUGACACUGUCUGUGAUUUAUUUAGAAUUCAAGGCACACUUAACCAGCAUGGCUACCACAGCAUUCUGCAGCAAUACACCAUCCCAUCUGGUUUGCGCUUAGUGGGACUAUCAUUUGUUUUUCAACAGGACAAUGACCCAAAACACACCUCCAGGCUGUGUAAGGGCUAUUUGACCAAGAAGGAGAGUGAUGGAGUGCUGCAUCAGAUGACUCAGCCUCCACAAUCACCCAACCUCAACCCAAUUGAGAUGGUUUGGGAUGAGUUGGACCGCAGAUUGAAGGAAAAGCAGCCAACAAGUGCUUAGCAUAUGUGGGAACUCCUUCAAGAUUGUUGGAAAAGCAUUCCAGGUGAAGCUGGUUGAGAGAAUGCCAAGAGUGUGCAAAAUUGUCAUCAAGGAAAAGGGUGUCUACUUUGAACAAUCUAAAAUCGAAAAUAUAUUUUGAUUUGUUGAACAUUUUUUGGUUACUACAUGAUUCCAUAUGUGUUAUUUCAUAGUUUUGAUGUCUUCACUAUUAUUCUACAAUGUAGAAAAUACUCAAAAUAAAGAAAAACCCUGGAAUGAGUUGGUGUCCAAACUUUUGACUGGUACUGUAUAUAUAUAUAAAAGUGUUCAGAAAACCUGGGGGACCAAAUAAAAUCUCCUUUGGGCCAAAUUUGGCCCGCGGGCCGCCAGUUGGGGAACCCUGCCCUAAAGGCCUAAACACUAUGUCUGCGUCCCAAAUGGCACACUAUUCCCUUUAUAGUACACUGCUUUUGACCAGGGACCCUAGGGCUCUUGUAAAAAGUAGUGCACUAUAUAGGGAAUAGGGUGCCUUUUGGAAUGCAUUCCAUUUUGAUCCAGGAUACUGUCUAUUUAGUGCUCUUACUAUAUUUUAAGUGUGUUUAUUGCUAGGUGUUCAGUUAAAGGACCAAUCAGCAGUUGAAGCAAUAACAAUGUUUUGGUAAAAAGCUGAGGGAUGGGCCUGGAGAAAUGUAAUCACUCUCAAAUUCGUAGUCUGAGCUAUGGAUGCAAUCACUGACCAUUUACAAUGGUUUCAAGCAUUGGAGUAACACAAGCUUAUAUUUGGGGUUCUUAUGGGGUAUAACAGUUGAACUAAGCUCAUGAGGCAUUCGUAGUUUAGAUUCUCUUCAAGAAUCAAUGGGUAUAUAUGAUUAAUGUAUAAAUCAAAAAAUGGAUGUAGCAACUGCAGAUUGCCCCUUUAACUCCUUCCCGAGUUGUGUUCAUUAGGGAAAGCUUUUAUGAAUGUUUUUUAACGGAAAAUGAAUGUUUCUUAUUUUCUUAAGUCAAGGUAGUCCCUCCCUGUUUCAGUCCGUUUUCUUCCAUUUGACUAAUGAACACGAUCCUGUACUCUAGUUGUGUUCAUCCUUUAUCUUUUGUUAUGUCUGAAAUGUUGUCUCUCCAACUGAAAAAGCUUAACCUGUGUUUUAAAUGAUAAAAUAAAUGUAUUAAUUCAUUCAGUUCGGUGAAGCCGUCAGCCACCUCAGCUACACUUGAGCUGGACAAACUCAUGGCCUCUCUGUCUGACUUCAGAGUCCAGAGCACAGUAAGAGCCCCAACACCAACCUGUACAUUUCACAUUAAACACUACAUCCUGUACGCUACUGCACAGUCUAGUUCACAACAGGCAACAUUUUUGUGAUGCAAAAGAGCACAGAUUUGUGACAAAAUACUGUAAACCUCAUUUUAAUCUGGCAGUGUAAUUUAACUUUAAACUUUUCUUCAACAAAGUGUGUGAUCAGGUGACGGCUCUUUAUGCAUUGCUCAGUUUACUGAACACACAUUGUUGUAGAAAAGUAAAAAAUGAAAUCACGCUGCCAGAUUAUAGUGAUGUUUACAUUUAAUUUUUUUAUAGCUCUGCGCUCUUUUGCACCACGAAAAUAUUGCAGAUCAUCUUAUAAUACUGUAUAUACAGUACAAUGUUAUUGAUGCAUUGCAUUUAUAUAUAGUCCUCUUUCUCUCUCUGCUUGUCUAUCGUUAUCCUCUCAUGCUCUACGCAUUAAGAACGCUACAGAGUUCAAAACCGCGGAGCCGCAGAGCCAUGCGGUCUAUUGUGACGUACGUCGCCCGCGACUCGAUAACAGCCAGUUAAAUGAGGUUCGUAAAUGGGCCGCGCGGACUGUCGCGUCUCUGCGGCUGUGCACUCUGAAUUUACCUCUACUCGCUGUAUACAAGUAUAUGCUUGUCUGUCUCUGUCCUUCCAUGUCUGCUUGCCAGUGUCAACGGUUGCGUUUCAGGUUGUCUUUAUUGCAGUCGAUGCUGCACAUCUCAGAUUGCCAUAUCAUAUUGAUGUAGUUCCCUGAGAUUUUACUUGUCUCAGGGAAGUAUUCACAAAGCUUCCAAGAGUAGGAGUGCUGAUCUAGGAUCAGGUCCCCCCUCUUAUUCAUUAUUAUUUAAAAGGCAAAACCGAUCAUAGAUCAGCACUCAUACUCUGAGAUGCUAUGUGAAUAUGGGUUCAGAUCUCACAAUGCCUGAUGACUUCACCAGGUAUUGUGAGAUCUGAUAAUCAGUGUAGUGCGACUGCAAUAUAGACGACUUGGAACGCCCAUUCAGUUCAACUAAUUCAAAAGCAUGACAAUAAUCACCAUGCACUCUCUGGUCCUAAUGCAUCCUAAUCCCAUUGACAUUUGUGUCACACGUGAUCAUUGGUUUGUUAUCUAACUGUCCUUCUCUCUUAUUAGUCAGCUCCAGCUGUCCCGCCAGUGAUCACAGUACCACAGCAGCCAGUCCCACCCCCACAAGCCUCUUCCGGCGGCUCAUUGGACAGUAUGCUGGGGCUCCUCCAAUCGGAUUUAACCAGGCAGGGAGUCCCCACAUCCUCCAAGGGUAGCUGCUCGGCCUGUCAGAAACCGGUUGUAGGACAGGUGAGCGCUCAACACUGUCCCAUUGUAGAGAUUCUUCCUGUACCUUGUAGAACAUUUAAAAAAAUGCUAAGAAAGUUCUUAACUUUGUUCUGUAAUGCAUCAAAUUUGUGCUUAAUCUAUGGGCAAGCCAGUACCCUUUUCACACUUGUGCUAACCCAAACCCCACUGUGCUGGCUCAAAUGUUUUCUUUUAACACUGUCCUGUGCAGCAUGGUUCCAGUAACUAUGGUGGAUGCAUAACCAGGCCAGCUCAGUACAGUUUGGUUUGGCUUGGCUCGGUUUGGUUCAGUAGUGCAAAAAGCCCUUAAAUGACUAACCUUUCACCUUUGACCCUCCAGGUGGUGACUGCUCUGGGGCGGGUAUGGCACCCGGAACACUUUGUGUGCUCCGAGUGUGAGACGGAACUGGGCAGCCGGAACUUCUUCGAAAAGGACGGUCAGCCGUACUGCGAGUCGGACUACUUUACACUCUACUCUCCCCACUGCGCACACUGCAACAAGCCCAUACUCAAUGUAAAAGCUCCACCUGACACUGUGUGUUUGUGUGUGUUUGUAUGUGUUUGUGUGUGUUUGUGUGUGUUUGUGUGUGUGUGUGUGUGUGUGUGUGUGUGUGUGUGUGUGUGUGUGUGUGUGUGUGUGUGUGUGUGCAGGAGUGUGUGUGUGUGUGUUUACUGUCUACUUCACCACAAAUGUCUAUGUAAUUACUGUACGUAAAACGGUGUCAAAAUUAAUACAUUGUGUUUACCUACUGUAUAUAACACAUUUCCUCCAUUACACUCCUUCUCAUUUUUCAUGAACAUGUCCAGUGAUAUUAGCCUUAGUUAUACAGCCCUUACAAAAGUGUGUAUGCCACCUGAAGCCAUAAAAACUGUUUUCUGUGUUGCCUGUGUAGAAAAUGGUCACCGCCCUGGACAAGAAUUGGCACCCGGAGUGUUUCUGUUGCGUCAAGUGCAGCCGGGCGUUUGGAGAGGAAGGUAAUAAACCCACGCUUCCUGCCAAGGGCCACACUGGGAUGUAGACAAUAAUGAACCACAGGUUGUUUUGUUACAUGGUCCUCAGCAAUACAACACCAGACAACACACUUACUGGGUCAUUCCACGAAAAGAGUGCCUUUUGCAGCCCUUUGAUAUUUUAAUUAGAAAUUGUGCACCAAUAUUGCAUUUUAAAAGCCUGUUAUAUUAAAUGAAGUGCCUUUUAAUAAUAUAAACCACAUGGAGAAUUGUUCCUAUUUUUCUGACUUCAAGGAAGAUUUUAACCCACUUAACACCCAAAUUUCCCAAAGUUUUCACCAUCUUAUUUAGUUUUCAUCUUCUUUUUGCCCUAGUUCUUUUGUUGCUUUGACAAAGUAAUUAUUAAAUAUUAUUAUUUAAGUGAUUCAUUUACAUUUUAAGGUCAAUCCUGUUAUGUGAACUGAACUCUCGUUUUAAUAUGGGGAAACAAUUCCUUAAAAAAAAAAAUAUUCAAAAGGAACAUUGAACAUGUAAGAGUCAAAUCAUGGUGUAAAAAGCAGGUGAGCUGGUUCUACUCUUUUUGGCCAUUUGCUGGUGUUUUGUGGUAGAAAACGUUGAGGAUAACACGUCAACCCUGUUACCAAUAGAUAGAAUGGAUAGAAAUGUUUUAACAACUUUUUGUUAAGCUUGCUUUAUAUCACCACGAUGGGAACGAGAAAGCAUGUGCAUGCUCGCACAUGGAAAACUAUCGCUCGAGUCCAACAAAAUGGAAUAUAACAUUACGGAUAAAGUUCGGAAUGACACAAUUUCAUGUGUACAACAUCUAAAGACCUGCAUCACUAUACUGAGAGCGUUGCAGUUUCUAAAAUGAUGUAUUUUGGUGUUUUGGAGCCUUUGUUCAUGUUUUAUCCAUGCCCUGGCACUGCAGAACUAGCCUGAGAAAGUAUAUUGCUGGUGUGGUAAGUUUCUCAAAACCAAGUGAAAUCGCCAAAAAAGUGUCUGGACACUUCUAUAACAUAAACAAUUUAGAUUUGGUUCAAAAUAAGUCAACUUGUCCUUUAAUUGGCACUUUACCUGUUAUUUAAUUUGACAUUUUUAUUAAUUUGACCUCUUGAGAUGGGAAUGGUUUUUUAUGAAGUUUACCAUUUUUAUAACAAAAUGUUAAAAUUAGGUGAAAAAAAAAAAAUAUUGCACAAAUUACACUACGCAAAAGCCACUCUUUACAUGGAGUGACCCUACUACUGUGGCUUACACACACACGCAUUACUUCAUUACUUCAAUUUGGCAUGUAUUUUGGCAUAUAUUUCAAUGAGUGAAUGUAAAUGUACUACCAUGUAUUUGGAAUACAUUUUGUAUAUGCUUCUUGAUUUGUUUUACAUAAUACUUAACCGCCUGUGUCCCCUCCCCUCUCUGUAGGUUUCCAUGACCGCGAGGGUCAGCAGUACUGCCAGCAGUGCUUCUUGUCCCUCUUCGCCUCCCGUUGCCAAGGAUGCACCCAGCCAAUCCUGGAGAACUACAUCUCUGCCCUCAACUCCCUGUGGCACCCGCAGUGCUUUGUGUGCAGGGUAAGUGUGUGUGUGUGGGGUGGGGUCUGUGUCCUUAUGUCAAUAAUGAAUAUCUGUUAAAAGAUUGGCCUAACAAAGACACUUGUUACAAAUGUGAAUUGAAUACCACACAAACCACACAUUUAUUUUAAUCACAUGUUCAUCUCCAACUCAACUCCUUUUACCCUUUGUCAUGUCUACAGGAGUGUUAUUGCCCCUUCGUCAACGGCAGCUUCUUCGAGCACGAGGGCCAGCCGCUGUGCGAGGCCCACUACCACCAGUCACGCGGCAGCAUGUGCCAGGCGUGCCAACAGCCCAUCCUUGGCCGCUGCGUCACUGCCAUGGGUGCCAAGUUCCACCCGCACCACCUGGUGUGCCACUUCUGCCUCAAGCCCCUCAGCAAGGGCUGUUUCAAAGAGCAGGAGAACAAGCCCUACUGCCACCCCUGCUUCAUCAAACUCUUCGGC